AUGCUUGGCUCGCCGAUAGAAGACACCGCGCAGUUCAUUAAGAGGAUGCUGACGGACAGGCGCACCGCCGGCGCGUACCUGCUGGCUCCCAUUGUGAUGCAGCCAUUUCUUUUGAGCACGUGGCGUGCUGCCGUGGACGAUGAUGGUGUCAAGUUUGUGCCCGGGCAGGUGAUCACGACGGGGACGAACCCGCUGGCGAAGGACAGACGGUACAAAGUCAUCCAGCGCUUCCAGGGGGUGAUGCGGGAUUACCUGAAGAGCAGUGGGCAGAAGGACUACAGCGACACGGAUCAUUUCCUCAACAAUGACGGCGGCGGGGAGCUGAUGGUUGAAGGGUGGAUUGCCGGCGAGGUGCUCGCACAGGCGCUGAGGGACCGUAAAGGGGUGAAGGACCGCAAGUCGUUCAUGGCGUCCAUCUUCAACCAACGCCGGUAUGUAAUCGACGAGCUUGUGAUUGGCGACUACGGCGGCGAGUGCGAAGAUGAGGCUGCAGCACGGGGGGCCGCCUGCCGCUGCAACCAGGGCGGCACCGCGGUGUACAUGAAGCGGUUCGUGGAGGGCUUCCGAGCGCAGGCAAUUGAGGAGGGCCUCACGACGUUCCCCCCGUCAGAUUGUUACGGUUCAUCGCAUAACAUACCGCGAGCGUUUAUGGGGGUCGAUUUUCUAAUGAAUGAUAGCGCUGUCGCACAACGUGCCUUUGCCGAGUUGAACACAGGGGUUGCUCUGGCAAUUACCAGCCGUAAGGCCUCGUGGGAUGAAGCUGAGAUCAACAUGGCCUCUCUUACCUCCGCACUUGCUGAUGCCCGUGCUGCCCUGCAGUCGGAGCUGCAGUCACGGCGGGUUCAUGGGAUUGUGGGUGUUGUGACGGAGGCGAUGCUGGGCGUGGAGAGUGUGGCCUUCAUUGACCCGCUGCAGCUCGAGCCGCGGCUGAACAGGUUCCGUCGGCACGUGAUCCACCUGUCGCCGACGCUGGAGCAGCAGUUCUUCGUGCUUGCGGAGUACCUCCGGGACACGGGUGUCC